AUGGUAAACCUACGUGGUGGAAGAAUACAAAUUGGUGAAGAUAGAUCUUCAUCAGAUCCAUUACAACGAAUCCUUGAUAGGUUGGAUGAACAACAGCAAGCCAUUCAAGAGCUAAGAAAUGAAUUAAGAGAAAACCGGGAGCGACAAAGUCAAGAAGGAGAGGGAAAUCUUGAGGAAGGUGGACAGCCACAGAAUGAACAAACGCCACCAUCACUGCCGAAAAAUUUAGAACCAAAUUCAGAAGCAAAUUCCAGAAGAUUGGUGGCAGAACCAGAAGAUCUACAACAGUGGAUUUCAAAGUUCUGUAAACAUCAUCCCUCUGAAUUUUUAGGGAAGUUUGAUAUACAAGCUGCUGAAGACUGGCUGAUGAAAUUAGAGAAAAUCUUCAAAGUAAUGAAUUGUGCUACUGAAGUGAAGGCUCAAAUGGCCAUCUACAAAUUGGAAGGAGAUGCUGAUAGAUGGUGGAAAAACACUGAGCUUAUGCUUCUUGCCCACAACAUACCUCUCACAUGGGAAAUAUUUCAAGAGAAGUUCAAUGAGAAAUAUUUUCCACAGUCAGUGAGGGAUGAAAAAGAAGCUGAAUUCUUGACAUUGACACAGGCAGAGAAUGAGUCGUUCGAGGAUUAUUUAGCAAAGUUCAUUCGAUUGUCUCGUUACUCCACCCAAUUGCGGGAAAAUAAUAAUGAAAAGUGGAGUACAGGAAAGUUAAUUAGAGGAUUAAAGCCUAUUCUUCGGGAAAAGCUGGCACCUAUGCAAUUAUCCCGCUUUGAUACUGCAGUGGAAGUAUGCAGAAUUACUGAGAGCAGCUUAUUACCUCGCAAAGAAAUAAAGAACUACAAUCAGGCGGAGACGUCUUUAUCUGGAGGGCUGCCUAGGAAGAGGAAAAAUUCUGUUUCCUGGGAUCGUCGAAAUGUAAGAAGAGAUAAUCAGCAGAAGAGGCCAAGAUUUCCACAACAGAGGGAAGUGAAGGAAUGUACUCGAUGCGGAAGAAACCAUAUGGGUAGGCCCUGUCUGGUGGGCCAACAGGCGUGCUUCAAAUGUGGGAAGCUAGGGCAUUAUGCCUAUGAGUGCCGACAAAGAAAUGAAGGGCUAAAGCCGCAACAGCAAGCAAGAGUCUUUGCAAUGACUCACGAAGAAGCCCAGAAAUCUCCUGCUAUGGUCAAAGGUAUGAUUCUGAUCAAUGGCAAACUCGUAGAAGCAUUGUUCGAUUCUGGUGCUAGUCAUUCAUUUAUAUCGUAUGACUGCGCUAAGAGAAUGGCUUUGGCAAUUAGUGAAUUGCCCUAUGAAUUGCUUGUCUCUACUCCAAUGGGUGCAAAAGCUAUUACUGCAACUGCAUGUUUGAAUUGUUUGAUGCAAUUUGAGCAGUAUUAUUCUGUGAUAGAUUUGAUUUGCAUGACAUUCCAUAACAUGGAUGUGGUUGUAGGGUUGAAUUGGUUGUCUGCUAACAAUGCGUUAAUUGAUUGUGGAAAUAAAAGAAUUCUAUUCCCUGAACUUAAAAAGAAUCCUAGAAUAGAGAUGGGAUUGAAUCUUAUAUCCAUGGCUAAAGUGGAAAAGUGUCUUCAGAAGGGUGGUCAGGGUUAUAUGAUUUUCUUCUCAGUACAAGCAGAAGUAGAAAUGAGAAUAGAAGAUAUUCCAGUAGUAUGUGAAUUUCCUAAAGUUUUUCCUGAUGAUAUCAACGGAUUGCCACCUAAAAGGGAAGUAGAAUUUAAUAUUGACUUAGUACCUGGAGCUGGACCUAUAUCUAAAGCCCCGUAUCGAAUGGCACCAAAUGAAAUGGCGGAAUUAAAGAAGCAGAUUGAAGAACUACUAGAAAAAGGGUUCAUAAGACCCAGUGUUUCACCAUGGGGUGCUCCAGUACUAUUUGUCAAGAAGAAAGAUGGAAGUUUCCGCUCAUGCAUUGACUACCGAGAGUUAAACAAAGUAACAGUGAGGAACAAGUACCCGCUCCCUAGAAUUGAUGAUUUACUGGAUCAAUUAGCUGGAUCCUGUAUAUUCUCAAAGAUCGAUCUUCGGUCAGGUUAUCAUCAAUUAAGGGUCAAGGCAGAAGAUAUACCGAAGACUGCCUUUAGAACUUGA